CAAUAUUCGUAUCAAUUGCAAUGGAAAUAAUGUCGGAGCCUCUGUUCUUUCAAACGUGCCAGUUAUGUGAUAAGGCUUUCACUCAAGAGCACCCAUACAAGCGACACGUCAAUUAUUGCCGACGCGCUCAAGCUCAACGUAAAGGACGCCCAAAGUCUUGCACUUCCUGCAGAAUAGCCAAGACGAAAUGCGACUUUGGUCAGCCAUGUUCGAGAUGCACCAAGAAGGAUCUGCGAUGCACGCUUGGUCGACCAAUUCGUAACGGAGUCGCUGCGACGUCAAAUGAGCCUUGCUCUGAUCUCAAUGCUCGGUUGAGUAAUGAGCUGGAGGCCGUUAAUGGCGUCAUUGCAUGUGAGCCUCCGAGCUUUUCACUUGAGUUGGACGAAUUCGGAAGCGACUUCCUCUCAUCGCUGGACACCAUAUCCACCAAUCCCUCUGGAAUUAUGCCAGCUUCUCUGGAAAUGUUUCUGCCCGGCACCAUGAACGAUAUGCAGAUUCGCGUGCCUCCGAGAUCGCUCAGCUCCAAGGGAGAUCUAACACGCGUUUCUCAUCGCCUUUCAAGCAUGCAGCACGCGUCCAGAGUCAUCAUGCAGAUGCUUUACGCAUAUCCUCAGAUGAUGCUCCGUCGGCAAACGUUCCCGCCGUUCAUUCAUCCCCACUGGCAUUUAAAAACUCUCCCUGAGACGUUGGGUAAUUCCGUGGCGAUUUCCCAGCUAUUUGCAGUGAGAACACCGGAAACACAGUCCUUCUUGUGGAGGAUGGUUGCUGCUGAGGAGGAGCGCUUUCGAGAAAAGUUGCACAGCUCCUCUCCUCAUGAGUUGCAUUUGUGUCUGGAGGCUAUGAUCAUCUAUAUGAUGAUGUCGAUGAGCGAACUUGACUCAGAGAGCAAAGAGAGAACUUCUAGGCUCUUUGAAACAGCAGAGCUUAUCGGCUCCCGCUUCCUCGAUCAUACUGGCAGCUACUCGACCACUGAAAUAUCCGAGCCAAGCUCAACAUGGCAAGACUGGAUCUUCGCAGAAUCGCGCCGCCGAAUGUCCUGUCUAUGGCUGAUAAUUGGUUGCGUAAUCACCAUUGAGAAUGGGAAGAAAUGCAACAUCUGCAGCGACAUGCGCAGCCUUCCUCUCCCGUCGAGCAAACUAUUGUGGGAAGCGAGAAGUCUCGAGGAAUGGCAGACGGAGAAGGCUUUCUUUGAUAUGAGCUGUCCUUUUAUGACCCUAGGUGAGCUCGUCGAAGCGAAAGCAGAUGCGGGGAAUGCGGCUAAAGCGCAGAGGUUGCAGAACUGGGAGAUGGGGAGCGAUAAGAUGACGGCGAUGCUGAAUAUUGCUGUUGAGUUUGUAUGGGGCAACGUUUUGUAAUGGUUGACUAGCACAACGGGCUGUUUUCACACUG